GAGCACGGGUCAGGAUUUGUUCCAGAAGACAUGAAAACAAACAUAUUAUUGGCCACAUUUACCACAUGUUGGGCUCGGCUCAAGCUAUACGACGUACUCGAUCAGUUGGGGGAGCGAGUCCUCUACUACGACACAGACUCCGUUAUUUUCAUGAGCAGACCUGGUCAUAUCGAUCCUCCAUUGGGCGAUUAUUUAGGCGAUCUAACCGACGAAUUGGAGUAUAGAGACCACAUCGUGGAAUUUGUUAGCGGAGGUCCAAAAAAUUACGCCUACACAACGGCCAAUGCCAAGCAAACGUGCAAAAUACGCGGGUUUAGUUUAAAUCACGCCAAUGCACAGAUCCUCAAUUUUGACACGAUUCAAGAGAUGGUAGGAUAUGUGGAUCCAUCCAAGCCUCAUACACACAAGAAAAGGAAGCUAGAUGAUUCAGAUCUUCCUCCCUCUAAGCGUAUUGUCCUAACAAAUCCAACAAAAAUUUGUAGGGACAAAUACGCCAAUUUAGUAUUCAACAGAAAAGAAGAAAAACAGUACAGAGUGAUUUAUGAUAAACGAACUAUUCUGAAAAAUUUAGACACAUUACCGUACGGGCAUUAAUACUUUGUUGUUACUGCGCAUUUUGUAUAUAGAUUAGCUGUAUUGUGUAAAUAACUUUGUGUCAUUUUGUACACAUUUAAUUUAGAUUUUGAUAAUUCUUUAUACAGUUUUCUGACAAAGUUAUUAUAUAUUUUAUAUAAAUUUCGAUCAAGAUUUCGGUCAUUUUGUUUCAAGCUUUGUGUCAUUUUGUCGAAUUUAAGUUUUUUUGGUAAUUGUUAGAACAAUUUUUUUGGUAAUUUUCACUAUAUAAUUCAUAUAAAUUUCGAUAAAGAUUUCUGUCAUUUUGUAAAUAGAUUUACGUUAUUUUGUACAUUUUGUAUUAAGAUUUUUGUCAUUUUCAAAACGGUUUGCUGUCAAAGUUAUUAUAUAUUUCAUAUAAAUUUCGAUAAAAAUGUAUGUCAUUUUGUAAAUAAAUUUAUGUCAUUUUGUAAACGAACUAUUCUGAAAAAUUUAGACACAUUACCGUACGGGCAUUAAUACUUUGUUGUUACUGCGCAUUUUGUAUAUAGAUUAGCUGUAUUGUGUAAAUAACUUUGUGUCAUUUUGUACACAUUUAAUUUAGAUUUUGAUAAUUUUUUAUACAGUUUUCUGACAAAGUUAUUAUAUAUUUUAUAUAAAUUUCGAUCAAGAUUUCGGUCAUUUUGUUUCAAGCUUUGUGUCAUUUUGUCGAAUUUAAAACAAGUUUUUUUGGUAAUUGUUAGAACAAUUUUUUUUGGUAAUUUUCACUAUAUAAUUCAUAUAAAUUUCGAUAAAGAUUUCUGUCAUUUUGUAAAUAGAUUUACGUUAUUUUGUACAUUUUGUAUUAAGAUUUUUGUCAUUUUCGAAACGGUUUGCUGUCAAAGUUAUUAUAUAUUUCAUAUAAAUUUCGAUAAAAAUUUAUGUCAUUUUGUAAAUAAAUUUAUGUCAUUUUAUAAAUAGUUUUUUUAACAUUUUGUAUCAUUAUUUGUUAUUAUUUCUAUGCGUAGAACUCGAUAAAAUAUCGUAAGAAUGUAAGAAUGCAACACCCUCGUUAUUUAGUUAGAAUGGAUUCUCACGAAGAGUUCCAAAGAGAAGCUUUCGUUCAUAUAGAAAAUCAACAGGAAAAUCAGUCUAACGCCGAGAAAUGGCAUUUACUCGGUCGUAAAGUACCCCAGUCAGAAAUUGUGUACUUUUGUCAGAUGAUCAUUGUUUACAUUAUCAUCAUUGUGUCAAUAGUGAAUCUUUCCUUGCAAAACGGGUCAUCCGAGCUCUGGAUAAGCCUAUUAAGUAGUUGUAUCGGUUACGCUCUCCCUUCACCAAAACUAAAAAGAUAAUGAGCGUAGCGUUACCGUUCGAACCUUGCUCCAGUAUAUGGAUCAGUGGACAAACCGGAAGUGGUAAAACGCAAUGGGUCUACAGGUUCCUGAAAAAUUUGUCCAACAUAUACUCUAGAGACCCACCGUUUCAAGUGUUGUACUGUUACGGUAUACAUCAAGACAUAUUUGACGAAAUGGAAAGUUACAUUCCUAACUUUUACAGUAAAGAAGGAUUACCUACCGUGGAAGAAAUAAAUGACUUUACAAAAGACAAGAAGCAUAGCCUCUUGGUAAUCGAUGAUCUCGUUCAUGAGGUUAUGCGGAACAAAGAGAUGGAACUGUUAUUUACCCAGGGAACCCACCAUAAAUGUGUCAGCGUGAUCUUAUUACACAGAAUAUGUUUCCCGGAGGCAAACACGCGAGAACUAUAGCGUUAAACAC